UCCAUUUGUGGCUCAGCCCUGCCGUUUGAAGUCUCCGGCCGGCUGGGAGGUUUUAAUUGCAGCUGGUGGUUUCCUGUUGCACCGAGGAAUUUAUAGAGCCGGGGCGGCUUCCAGGGUGCGGGGCACCACAGGCCUGGGGCUCAAACAAGGUAUGCAGGGGGCCCCCCCCGGACAGGCUGGGCCUUGGAGAGCAAGCUGGCUGAGGGGCAAUGGGGGGUGACGGGGAGCUCCCUGCUUCUGCCUCCGAGCCCAGGAGAUGCUGAGCGGCCGCGGGGAGACACGCAGCAGCUGUAGCAGCUCUGAGCCAUGCGCGGCUAUUCGCAUGGGCUCAAGGCGGGGGCUCACCGGGCCGGGGAGGAGGCUGGCUGGUGAAACCCCCCUGGAGUCACAGCUGCACAGCCCCAAGGGUGCCCAGUAUGGGGCUGGGGUGCCGGAGAGCUGGGCUCUGCCACAGACCACCUGGGUGACCUUGGGCAAGUCCCUUUGUUCCAGCUGUGCAGGGGCCAAGCCAGGCUUUAUUUUGGGAGCAGGGGCAUGUGGCAGGCGGCAUGGGUGUGUGCAGCCCCUCGCAGGGAGCCCCACCUCGCCACCGCUCUCCUCCCGGCUGCUUUCCGGUGAGCACUCCCCUCGUCUCUAUCUGGGUUCCCGCGCGCUCGGCCUUGCCCUGGCAGGCUCAGCCUCUCCCUGCCGAAGCAGGAGGAGAUACGCCUUGCACCUUGCACAGGCAUGCAUACGUACAGACACUCACCCGCCUUGCACAUGCAUGCACACCCACCUUGCACACAUGCACAUAACUUGUGCAUGCACACAUCUCACACACUCAGGCAUACUCCUUGCAGUAAUAUGCACACACACACUCACAUGUGCCCACUCACACGCACCUUGUGCACACACACACACCCAUACUUGUACACACUUGCCUGCCCACUCAGGCAUAUCUUGCAUGCACAUGCUCACACACAUAUCUUGCACGCAUGCACACGCUCCCAGUUGGGGGUGGUUACUGGGCUGGACUUGCUUCCAGCCUGGCAGAUGUGACCGAGAGGGCCAUACGAUGGCCCCAGGAGCUGCCCGGGGUGGCACAGCUGGGGCAUGGGCAGCCUGGCACUGGCCUCUGCAGAUGUCAUGGGUGUCACGUGCCUCCCUGACCACAGUGGCAAAUUGCAGCUCCCUGCCAGCAGCCUUGGCCUCGCCAGGACACCCUCGCGGAGAGCUGGGGUGGCCCCUGGCUUGUCGGGGGCAGCUGCGUGGGAACAAGAUGAGAUGAGAAAGCUGCUUGUCUUUGGGCAGGGGGAGGGAGGGAAGGGAAAAUGGUGGCAGGGCGUCAGGCGAGGAGAGGAACCAGAGCGGGGGGGCGGAUGGAGAGACUCCUGCGCCUGGCAGCCGGAGCUGGGCUGCAGCCAGGCCAGGCUGGGGGGAGCCUGGCUGCUUUCUCUCCGGAGGCAGGCUGCGCUGGCGACAGACUGAGCUCACCAGCCCCCUCCGUCCCCGUGCUCAGCCCCUGGCGCAAGGGGGAGGAGGCCAGAGACUAUUUUUGGCCCGCUGCUUCCUGGGGUCUGAGCAGCUUCAGCCCUGCCCAGGCGGUCAGCCAGCUCAAGCUGGCUCCUGCCGGUGCUGCCACCCAUCUCCUGCCGGGGGUUCGACCCCCACUGGUCCCCUGCAGUGCAGGCAGUCUCUGCUGGGUACCCCAGCCUGGCAGCAAGGGUGGUGAGCGGCUCCCCAUGCACGAGCCGAGACCCAUGCCCCUCGCUGCUCAUCCAGUUCCUACUACGGCCCAGCAGCCUCCUAUUCCUAGUGGAGCCCAGCAGCUUUGGCUGGGCUAAGGCGUCUCGCCCAGCUCACCCGCUGCAGCGCCCAAAGCCUCUCCAGGACAAGAGAUGUCUCCCAGACGCUGGCUCUGUCUUGCAGUUUUUCCACCCCUCCAGAUUUGCAAGCCCUUGGGGCCAACUUGGGUGCCAGGGCCCCAUCACAGCCCAGGGGCACCAGAGGGGCUGGCGUCGGCCCCUAAAGAGACUAGAGCAAGGGUCAGUGUGAGACGGCAGGCGGCAGACCUCGCACUCGGGCUCCCCGUUUCAUGGCCUGUCACAGCAGGGAGCAGGCGCCCGAGGCUGGAUCACGAGGCGCUGGAGCUGGGCCCCGGGUCUGGCUCUUUCCUCCUGUCUGCGGCGGUGCUGGCACCGAGUCACGCUGGGGAUUAGUCACUUGGCGGUGCCGGGGGUGCGGGGCCUGCUCACCUCCUUGUCACAGGCAGCCAGCUGGCUCCAGCGCCUCGUGAUCCAGCCUCGGGUCACGCAUGGGGUCCAAGGGGGGUGGGCAGUUGCAUGACCCCCCAGCCUCAUGCAGGGGGAAACAAGGCUGCUGCAUCCCAGGGAUCCCAACGCUGAGCAGGGCACCUGCUCCCUCGGUGCACCGUGAUCACUGGCAGCUCAGGUGUGACCGGCCUGAGCUAAGCUUGCCCAGCGAGGGGGCAGGAGCUGGUCUGGGGGGUAGGAGGUGGCCUGACUGGGAGUGGAGGGCCAGGAUAAUGCCUUGCCCAGCACGGACAGAGGAAGCCACUCCCAUGCUUCAGGGUAUCCACAAGCGGUCAGGGUCAGGAAGGAACCCCUGGGCUGGGACUUCCCCUUCCCUUGUAAAGCCUGCCUGGCUCUGGAUUGAAGCCUGGAUGGGCAGGGAGGGGGCAGGGGCCUUGUUUAAUCGUGGGCAGGUGGGCAAGGCAGGGGCUGGGGCUCUCCAGAAAGGCGGUAGAAGCAGCCGCAGGAGCAGAGCUUGCUCUGCAGCUGCUGGGUGGGGGGUCUUGUGUGCACCCCCAAGGGCUGGGGGAACAGGGCAGCUAGGGCUGGGAACAGGGGUGCCUGCCCUGGCCGAGCGGGGGUCUGCGAUCCUUCUGGAUGCCAGGAGACCAGAACAUCGUGCCAGGAUGCACCAGCCUGGGACCUGCCCGAUGCCACAGGUUCACCUUCCCCCCGUGGGGCGGAGAAGAGCUGUCAGAUGUGCCCCAUUUCAGGGCACAGGCUCCGCACGAGACGUCUGCCAGAAGCAGGCCGUCCAUUGCAGGCACUUCCCUCCGCAGCAGCUGGGCCGGGAGACCAGGCGUGCAUCCUUCCAGCCGGGGGCACAGCGCUGACCUGGCUCUUCCCCCUCCUCCGUCCCCGUUGCGUGCAGGCAGACGUGGCCUCGGAGCAUCCCGGGCAAGCCCGUGCCCCUCCGGGACUUGCAGAGCCCUGGUCCAGAUCGGCACGCUCCCCUGACUCGGUUGCCAUGACCCUGGGCGGGGAUCAGAUGCAGACGUGCCCCGGCUUCUCUGGCAUCUGGUCCCUCGCAGAGGCCUGCGGGCAGCUCCAGUUAAAACUGCCAUGACUCGCACUAUAAAACCCUGCCUGUGUGCUGACCACGGCUCCGGCCUCUCAUCAUCAGAUGCAGCGGGGGAGCCUGCGUGGGGUAGGAAGACAUUAGAUAUACAGUCCCGUGGCUGCAGCUGAGGUGUGCAUCUCCUGGGACCGCUCCGGUAGGCCUGUCUUGAAAUACAAGGACGUAGAUGCAGCGCACGCACUGUCGCCCUAGUACACGCUCUCUCCACGGCACCUGCAGGCACGCGGCCUCUCCUGUCUCCCUGCUGCAGGUGUGCCUGGGUUCUUCUUGUUCCUUCCUCAUCCCGGCGGUGAACCUGGACCCGGCUGGGGUGGAUGCUGCUGGGACCCGGAGCUGGGUGGGUGCAGACUGCUCCUGGGAGCCCGGCAGCACCGGCCGGCCCAGGCAGCCACUAGAUGGUGGCCUUACCUCGUGCAAAGGCUGCUGAUGAGGCACUUGUCGGGGAGAGAAACCCCACGUGGAGAAGGGUUGGGAGGCAGAAGCCAGGUGCCUGCGGUGCUGGAGAGGUCCCGGCCGGGUUGCAGGUGGCAGGAGAUGUGCAGAGCAUCCUGGGGCUGAGGCUGUGUGGACCCUGGGCAUCAUCACCAUGUUCCUUCUCCAACCCCAUGGCUUGGAUCCUGGGGUAUGAGAGCAUUGCUGCGUACCCCUCCUCCCGCUGGGAGCCUGGAGCAGGGAUGGGCCCGUGCUGGGCCCAAUGCUUCCUGUUGCUCCGUGCUCUGCACCUCUAGUGCAGCCUCAGCCGCUUGCUGCAGUGGGAGGGAAAUUUGGCUCUGGUGGCUUCAGAGCCUCUCUGGGGAGGAGGGAGCUGGUCAGCAGGGUGGAAGGAGACCCAGGCAGCUCCUGUGUGGGGGCACUCGGGGGGCCACAGGCCUUGGUGCAAGUGGGAAGAUGCAAAGCAGGUGAUUACUGGACCUCUCGGGACCCAGGCAGCCCCUCCUGUUGGGGGCUUGGAGUAGCUCAAACCCCUUUGCCAUUUAAUUGUAGGCAAAUACCCUGUUCUCUAGCACCGCAGCCAUCUCCAGUCCCUUGCCCACUAGCAAUGCAUCGAACCCUCAUCCACCAUGGGGACAUUUAUCACAGGGUAAAGUGACUUGGCCUAGGUCACCGAGCAAGUCGGUGGCAGAGCUGGGCAGAUCCUCCCUCCCUGGGAGUUGCGACGUACUCGGAGCCACUGCUGUCUCCUUCACGGCACGCAGGUCUGGAGCCGCACGCGUGUCCCUCUAUGGCUAGGCCGCCGUGUGGGCUGAAAGCCAUGACAAGGUGAAAUUCAAUCCAGGGGCUUCGGGGAUGAAAUCAGCUCGAGCGGUUUAUAUAGAUUCUCCGGCCUCCGCUAUUGAGUUACGGCCCGAGGAAUGGCUCAGGGCCCGCACAUUGUUAUUCACAAUCUGUGAGGCACACAUCCACGCCAUAUAAAUAUUCAGCUCGGACUAAUUGCUUAUGGAACGGAGACCCGUGUCGGUGACACAGCAGAACCAGGCGCGCCGGGGCCAGGGACGGCAGGGACUCAGAGCCGGCCGCCGGGAGGGAGGCUGCAGACGUGCCCGCACCUUCAGGAGAGCACGGGGGAGAAGGGGGACCGCCCGCUCACUCGCCCGCCUGCCUCGUGGGAGCUCUGCACCCCAGUUUGAGGAGCCCCGAGAUGAGGCCCCGGUCUGCAGCGUGCCCGGCUUCGCUCCAUCUCAUCCCAGCCCUGUGCCAGGCUGGUAUAUAUAUUUCAUGAUAACUUUCGAGACGCGCUUCAAACCCGACAAAGGACUUUGACAGUUUUAAGCAUCUCUUUGAUUAAUACAUGACCUUUUAAUGCUUUUAGAUUAAAUUAAUAAAUCUUUUAAAAUUUAAA